AUGGAGAACUAUUCAGAAACUAUGACUAUUCAUCCAGUGACAAUUGACAAUAGGAGUGUUUUUCAUAAUGAAAGCGACCUUUUUGGAAGAAAUGAAGAUGUAGCCAAGAUAGAGAUAACCGUGCUCAGUAUCACCUUUGCUGUCGCUGUCAUUGGGAACUUGAGUGUUUUAAUGGCUUUAUCCAGGACCAAGAAAAAAAUCUCCAGGAUGCAUCUCUUUAUAAAGCACCUCAGUUUGGCAGAUCUGAUGGUUGCUUUUUUCCAGGUCCUGCCUCAACUUUGCUGGGAGGUAACUUUUCGCUUUUCUGGUCCAGAUUUUCUUUGCAGAAUCGUGAAACAUCUCCAGGUUCUGGGUAUGUUUGCCUCUACCUACAUGCUGGUUAUGAUGACUGUGGACCGUUAUAUUGCCAUAUGCCACCCGCUGAAGACUCUCCAGCAACCUACCAAAAGAUCGUAUUUGAUGAUAAUCAACACGUGGUUACUUAGUUUUCUUCUCAGCAUACCUCAGUACUUCAUCUUUUCUCUGAGUGAAAUUGAAACCGGUUCCGACGUCUAUGACUGCUGGGCACACUUUAUAGAGCCAUGGGGUGUUAAGGCAUAUAUUACUUGGAUAACUCUUGGUAUCUUUCUCAUUCCAGUUUUGAUACUAGUGAUCUGCUAUGGUUUUAUCUGUUAUAACAUCUGGAAGAACAUCAAAUACAAAACCCAGAAAAACCAAGGCGAAACAGCGUUCAAAGACGGAGUGAUCACGUCAUGUGUUAGCAGUGUGACAACGAUAUCCAGGGCCAAAAUGCGAACUGUGAAAAUGACUUUUGUCAUUGUUCUGGCGUACAUUGUUUGUUGGGCUCCUUUUUUCAUUGUGCAGAUGUGGUCAGUCUGGGAUCCAACUUUCGCUUGGGAUGACUCCGAAAACACCGCAGUGACACUAUCGGCUCUGCUAGCAAGCCUGAACAGCUGCUGCAAUCCUUGGAUAUACAUGUUCUUCAGUGGGCAUCUCUUGCAAGAUUUUGCACACUGCUUCCCCUGCUGCCAGAAGGUAAAGCGUAAGUUUAAGAAAGAGGAAUCGGACAGCAGCAUCAGGAGGAACACUGUGUUAACGAAGAUCCCCAACAGAAGUCCAACCUCUAGCACAGGCACCCGUGGCAGGUCUAACCCAGCAGACAGCUGAAUCUGUUUCUCAUUGAUAAUGUGUAGAACAUUAUGAGACAAGGAAUGACCAGGCAAUUGAACUAUUGGAAGGACUGACUUUGGUCAUCUGUUAUUUUCAGUGAAUUUUAAGGAAUGUUAGGCUAUCUAAACCUACUAAUUGCCUGGUAUUUCACUUCAGGUAAAUUAUUGAAAAAAAAAAAACUUUUUUUUUUGCUUAACAUUCUCUAUAAUUUCUGAAUAAUCGUAGCAAGGACAGUGCAAGGGCAAUUUGAACACAGAGGUUGGGAAAAAAGAAUUAUGUACAGAGCAAAUGCAGCGUGUAGCAGUCUUCAGCCUAUCGCAUGCGGUCUGAACAUGUGUGUUUCCUCAAUAUAACUUGCAUGCAUGAUCGGUAGGAUAGGACGGGUGCACGUCACCAUUUGUUUCAUAUUAAACUAGGGCUCGUUGUCUCUGAAAAAAAAAAGCUGGCCUUAACUACAUUUUACAUUGCAUUCCAAUACCCCUCACUGUUUUCCAUCACCUAACAGUCUGGUUAACCUUCAUAAAUAUACAUGUUUCAAGAUUUGAUUUAUAAUAUCCAAAGGGUCAGUUCGUGGACAAGUUCAUGACCAGCUUGUACAUUAAGCCUUUUUUUUUUUUUUUUGCUUGGAGCUUAAUCCUAAGAAGAGUCAAUU